AUGGCUCCCUCGCUUGUUCCUAUUCAAGGAGUGGCGCGUUUUGGUAUCGCGGAAGACUCCAUCUACGCUAAUGGGAAUGGAUACUUGACUUCAGCAGUCAAUCUGGAACUACACGGUGCAGGGCACAUGGGUGUUGGUCCUUUGGACAGAAUCAUCAUGUCGUUGAAUUCGGGUAUCGAGUCUGAAAUCGAGUACGCACUCAGCACGCUUUCGUACUACUCGUGCAAUGAACCCAAACUUCUCAAUUUCUCGGUUUAUCCGUUGAUGGGAAACGAGCUAAUCAAGUACUUUGUUAAGCCUUACCACUUGAUAGCCGAGGGCAAGAGUCAGGAUGUUACUCUGAGCAUGAUGCUGUUGAGUGUUGAGUCGCUUUUGUCUCUCCGAAAUGCCGUGCAAGACCUUCCAAAUCAGCAGUGGCUUUGUCAGAUCAAGAGCUUUCGGAAAUACGCCGUAGAGGCGCUUAAAUUUUUGACUGGGUGGUUUUACUCUACUCUGAGCCCCAAGCUGUUCAACUUUUCGCAGUUCAACGAGUUGUUCCGCGAGUCUUUGAACCAUUUGUUGGACAUUUUGGAUCCACUCACGUGUUUCUACAUUGAUAAUGCCAAAAACGACCCGUUGUUCCAUCAGCUCCUCAUUUUGUUGUCGAAUACCUCCGACAAGUACGUUCUUAUUGUCACGCUCAAGUGCUUGUACCACUUGAUGUUUUUGGGCGGCGCCAACGCCCUUUCUCCUAAACAAAUUGAGGACGUUACGCCUGAAGCUAACAACUGUAUCGAUGCUGUUCAGCCCGAGCAUCUUCUGAUAAUUCUUCGCAACUUAUUCAUCAAUGAUGAUGAAAUCACCUUCCAUGUGUUGCUGUUUGUGAAACAGUACUUGUUUUCGGAAGCUUUGCAUCCUCAAUAUGCCUCUUCGGUAGCAUCUUCGCAGCUUCACAGAAUGCGGAAACUUAUCAACGCGUCCUCUUCUAAAGGAAACUUGCAUAUUUUGAUGAAGCAGCUCCCUGAGCUGAUUGUGGCCCGCUUGCCAUUGGUGGAUCCCUCCAAGGUGCAGCAAACGAUCCCGGUUCGUCUUGCGAGACGUUCUGCCUACAGUGGGGUGCCAUCCACAACGGCCAAGUUGCCCGAGAAGCUUUACAAAAUCAUCAUUGCCUUCCCUGAGCCGUUAAGAGCAACAACUUGGCUCCGGUGUUGUUAUGAGCCGUACACAGCUGUCGGCAAACCUGGUGAGGAUGCGAAAGACCUGACCGCAGGUGAGGUGACACAGAUUUCUCUUUGGAAAGCAUAUGAAAACCAGUUUGAGGCUAUUUGGAAAGACCGCUUGAACCCUGCGUGGCCCAAUUUGUUGCCUGCUGUCGACUUCAUCAAGAACGUCAGCUCUGCCUUCCCUAACUCCGAGGCGAUGGUGGUUAAUAUGCCAUCUUCAGACCCAUUACAGCCUGCUCGCAAAAAGUUUAUUAUCAAGGGAAUUCAGCCUCGUCAGUUCCCUGUUAGCAUUGAGCUUGGUAACUUUGAGGCAUUGAGGCGUAUUCCUGCAAGCUUGGAAGAGCUGGCAACCUCUCAGUCGGUGGGGGAGGUCGACGAAGUUGCUUUCGAUAAUGCCUUGACUACGUACAACUCAUCCAUUUUAAUUGCAUCCGAAGGCUUGACCGGUCCCGACGAUGUUAAUGCGCCAUGGUAUUCACCAAUCAACCUUUUGGCCAGAGACAUUUUGGGAAAGAUUGUGGAUGAUUUGCUUGAGCCUGACAUGGAUGGAGCUUUCAAGAAUAUCUUCCGCCAAUACAACAAGGACUGGUUGCCUGAUCUUGUCUACGCUAAUCCGGGGUUGGUGGAGCAGUCCUAUAUUGAGGGCCAAUGGUUACUGUACCUAUUAUAG